GGCCCAGACUUGCUCUUUUUUAUUGCCUGCAGCACGAUGUUUGUUCAGACUGGGCAUUGUGAAGUGUAAACCCAGGUCCCACUGGCACCAGCAUUCACCUCUGCCUUUUCUAGAAGCAGAUCAGUCCAUAAUGCCUGAAGUGCGAGACCUCUCAGAUGCCUUGCCUGACUUGCCAAUGGAUCCCAUCACGGGUGUUGGUGUGGUUGCAUCCCGGAACCGAGCACCAACAGGUUAUGAUGUAGUUGCACAAACAGCAGAUGGCUUGGAUGCUGACCUCUGGAAAGAUGGCUUAUUUAAAUCCAAGGUCACACGAUACCUGUGCUUCACGAGAUCAUUUUCAAAAGAAAAUAGUCAUUUAGGCAACGUCUUGGUUGAUAUGAAGCUCAUUGAUAUCAAGGACACUUUACCCGUGGGCUUCAUCCCCAUUCAGGAGACCAUCGAUACACAAGAAAUAGCUUUCAGAAAGAAGAGGCUGUGCAUUAAAUUCAUCCCUCGAGAUUCUACAGAGGCAGCGAUCUGUGAUAUCCGAAUCCUGGGUAGAUCUAAACAAGCCCCUCCUCAGUACACGUUCAUAGGGGAGUUGAACAACAUGGGCAUUUGGUACCGGAUGGGCAGAGUUCCACGCAACCAUGAAUCUUCGCAGCCUGCGACUCCUCCUUCCCAAGUACCGUCUUCGACACCAGCUCCUAACUUGCCAAGGCAUAUCUCACUGACACUCCCUGCCAGCUUUCGAGGGAAAAGUCACAGCACUCGCCUGGACUUGGAGCACCAGCACUCAAAUUUGUAUGCCAUAUCAGCAAUGGAUGGAGUGCCUUUUAUGAUUUCAGAGAAGUUUGCCUGCGCUCCUGAAGGGAUGCAGCCAGUUGAUCUCUUGGGCAUCACAAUCAAAACCCUUGCAGAAAUCGAAAAGGAGUUCCCUCUGUCUUGCUUUGCCCCGCAGUACGACUACAGCUUCCGGACGGAGCAGAGCGCGGCGGCCCGCCUGCCGCCCAGCCCCACCAGGUGCCCACCGGUCCCGCAGUCCUGAGAGGGGCCACCGGCGCUGGAGCAGGCGUGUGCGUGCAUACUACUGAGUGGGACGCAGGAUGCGGCGCCGGGGCCAUCCCGGCAGACCUCCACUCAUCCGGCCAUCACCGCCCGCCCUGCACUGCACCACCUCCUCCUGCACACGCCGCUCCACGUGUUGGGACUGUGCAACCCUUCGGCAGCUGCCCCCACCCUCCCUCGCUGCUGCGGACGCCUCUCCACGUGAGUACAUGACUGGGAGCCUGACAGCAGCCCCUCGGUUGUCCCCACUUCGUAACCCCUGCUGCAGGACAGUCACAAAAACCAGAGCUGUAAUAACCUGCUGCGAACAGAAAGCUGUGAGCUCAUGGACCAUCAAGAAAUGCUCAGCAGUGAGCCCUAAAAGUAAGGAAGAGUAAAAGAUACGGCUGGUUAAUCCGCAAGACCCCGGGCAUCCUGCCCGAGCUGACGUGGAACUGAUAUGCUCUCAAUGCCUUGUGGCAGGAGGCCCCUGCAGCACUGGGUCCAGCGGGCAGCACUGAGCCACGGCGGAUGCCCCAUCUGCCUCCGCCGAGGUCCGGGCACACGGCAGCUCUGGCGCGGCUGGGAUCAGCCCCAGACUGUGAUCACUUGUUUUUGCUGUAGGCUGGUGGAGCCGGGGUCACUUGCUCAGACCUGCCUUGGGCUCUCUCCCCAGGGACUGGCAAGGCGGAGGGGCACAGAGAGCACAAGCUGUACUGCAGUUCCCGAGGUGAAGCACCUCCACUUUGCACAGGGUGUCUGCGUGACCGUCAGGACCUAGAGCGACAAAGGUCCUGUAUUUCUUUCUGGGCUCGAUGCUUGCAGUGGCCCAGGCCAAUCACGGCUGUGCCCCGCUGACCCCUGGCCAAGCUGCCUGCAGAGCUGGGGCCCUGCUGACAACGUGGAUGCUGUCACCUGCCCAUCACUUUGGAAAGUUUUCUAAUAUUUGCCCCGCUAGCUGCUAAAACAAAAGAGAUGUGCCUGUUCCCUUGUGCACUCACGGGGAAGCACUGAACUCUGACGUAGUGCAGGAUGAGAGUGGGAUGCAUUAAACCCUGACCUCAGCCUUCUUGUGAUCACUGACCUUAGCUCGCUCCCGAGUCAAAUGCAUGUCUUGGAGAAGUCUGUUGCUGUAAUAAGUUAUUUAGAAGUGCCCAUCUGACUCCGUGCUGCUUUUUCAAGUCUCUGCUGUAGAACAAAGCUACAUCAUGGCAGCAAAAUGGCAAUUUUUAAGUAAGUGUUAAAACGUACAACUUUUUAUAUUGUAAAAUACUGAUUACCUAACCCUACUGAAAUGCAAUUGCCAUAGUAACAAAUAACAGUAUUGUCGCUCUCAGUCUGGGUCAUACGUAUGCCCUGACCUGCUUUGCACUGCUUUUGAUUGAUCUUGCAUUUUCUAGUUGGACAGAAUGGUGACUAACAGUAGGUUUUGUACUGUCAGCUUGUAUUUUUUAUUUGUACAUAUGUAAAAUAUUUCUUGUCCAAAGAUUCAUUUCUGGUUUUAAGGCACCAUACCGUAUUGCUGGGAUGAUGAGCACAAAAUACCGUAACAUUCGGGACAGAGUGAUACCAAGUCUUUGCUUCAAUGUCUUCCAAUCAGGUAAAUCGUUUUCUAAAACUGCCUCUGUAAAGCAAGGCUGUGCAAUUGGAAAGCGGAGGCCAAUUUGGUUGCAGGUGUGUCAUAUUUGGGCAAAAGAAUUAAAGCUAUGCCAUUUGCACCAGCUCUGGAGGUUUGGGUGACCCCCUGGAAGUGCUCGUUCACUUGGAGGUUGCAGCACCAUUUUUAGUUCUUAUUUAUCCUGCAGGAAAGCAAAGCCAGACCUCACUGCCAAGCUUCACAAAGGCUAGAUUGAUGAUGCCGACAUCGACAAAUGAACAUACCAUGGCAGCCUGGUCAUUCGGCUCAGGUUCACUUGAAGUUCAAAUCCACUCCAUGCUGUAGUACUAUGCCCAUCUCAUCCAUCUUUUGUCUUUCUAUUUUUCUGCCUGUAAUUCGUUCUGUGGUUUUCUGUGGCAUCCGUUUAUAGCUUCUCCUGUGGCUUAGUGGACACUGCAGGUAGGUAGAGGCUGUCCACAGCGGU